AUCCGCAGGACCAAUACAUGUCAUCCGCAGUCCGCCGUUCGCGGUGGUCCUUCAAACCAGGCAAAUAAGGAGUCAAGUUGGAUCCACGCAAAUAUUUGGUUAUGCAGUGUUUUAUGUGCCAACAUGCAGGGAUGGCAUCCAAUCCCAUUUGAGUAAGGCGGUAUUUGCUCGGGAAGGGAGCGGGGAACUGGCGACACUAGGUGGCACUCGGAAAAAGGGAGUAACCAAUUUAGGCAACUCAUUGCAUUUCCUUAAACUUACUUAAUGAAAUACUCGCUAUUUCUAAAUUUAGAGUUUUACAGAGGAUAUUAUUCCACCUAAUUUGCAUCUUUUAGAGUUGGAUAUAUGAAACAUAAGAGCUUAGAAAAAAUGUGUACUUAAUAUUUCGCUGUACCUUAUUCUCUCAGUGCAAUGUGUGAUUAAUUUUAGAAGAAAGGUCGUAAAAAUUCCAGUCAGUGCGAAAUAUAUAACUUAAUAUCUAGUGCCGGCAGUUGGCCCGUUCUGCAAAAAUUCCAGCUUGUUCCUUUGUUUGAUCACCAAACUGUGUAAAUAUGGCCAAAAAGAAAAAUGUUGCGCAGACGUAAUUGGCGAGAGCAUAAUGCCAAUAUUUGCUGAGAAAUUUCGCCAAUUGUCUUGGCCACAUAUAAAACCGCCAGCCUCCCAAAUGGCAUUCAUCCAAGCAAGAGCAACAGCAUCAGGCAGCAACAGCAUGAAGGCAGGACAACUGGCACUCCGAAUCCUGGCGAUUAGCCUGUGCAUUUGGCUAACCAGCGCCACGACCACCACCUCGACGACCACCACCACCACCGACGCCACCACCACCACCACGACGACGACGGAUGCCACCACAACCACUACCACCACCACGGCCUCCUCCUCAUCCUCCUCCUCGAAGGUGCAUCGCAAGCGGUUCAGGAUCAAGAAUUUGCACUUCUCCAAUAGCCGCAAGGUGCGUGUCUACCGCAACGGGAACUCCAGUUCCAGCUCCAGCUCCAGGAAGCGCUCCGGCAGGCGGGUCAGCUCGCGCCGGAUCAACAGGCUGCUUCGUCGCCGCAAUCAGGGAUAAGUUCCAAAUCCGCAACAAAUCAUAUCAGUUCGCGCAAUAAAAGCUACACUCCAAAACAACUAAA